UAUAAUGAGCACACAAAGUUUUGACCAGAAAUACCAAUCCCGCGUUCGAACCGAGCGAUCCAAAUCAAGAAAGCAAUACGAACAGUCAUCAUCAUCGCCUUCGAUUUCAGUGAAAAAAACAGGCCAUAGCUCUCAGCGGCUAUGGCCGCUGUCAAAUUUUUCCUCAGAUCCAACCUCUUCCUUUAAAGAAAAGAUUCAUACUUUAGAUCAAAUUAAACAAAAAAGAAACAAAAAUUGACGGUAAGAGAGAAGGAAGAUGGGAUCUUGCAUGUCGAUGCCGGAGCGAUGCGUCGGUGGGCGGCGGCGGGUGGCGGGAAAGCGGAGGGGGAGGAGGAGAAAGAGAGUUUCUUCGCUGAAACCGAUUGAUGAGAUCGCGAGAUCUGAGGAUCUUGCGGAGGAUUCAAGGUCUUAUUAUAGUAAUCCUGCUUUCCAAAUAAAUCAAGUUACCAACUCAUCAGGGAGCAUUGACGAUGCCUGGUUCGACUCAAAUAUGGCCAUGGAGUCCGAUUGUGAUGAUGAUUUCCACAGUGUUCAAGAUGAUGCGUUUUCUUUGAAUGGACAUGAAGGUGCUUCUGUUUCCAGUAAGUCGUCUAUGAGAGAUAUUAACCAUGAGGAUAUUAGUUCCUAUCCAGUUGACCGAAAACAAAAGAACCUAAAACAUGGAGAGAGUGUUGUGGCUAUCUCAGGAAGUAGCACAAAGCAUUUUGGUAGCCAGGAUGAUUUAUCUGGUGUUUCUGUUGAUGAAGGGACUGAAAGGGAUGAAGGGGGGAUAUUAGAUAACUGCGGUAUUUUGCCAAACAACUGUUUGCCUUGUCUAGCUUCUGCAGCUCCAGGAAUUGAAAAGAAAGGUUCUCAAAGUUCUAGCCCACCGCACUUAAAGAAAAAGGCUGCUUUGAAGCUUUCUUUCAAGAAGAGGGCUGGUGAGGGGCAUGCUACUUCUCCUCUAUUUUCUAUGAAGGCUGUUCUUGAAAGACCGGUAGCAGGUUCUCAAGUUCCACUCUGUCCCGUGGAGAAGAAAAUGAUGGAUUGCUGGUCUCAUAUAGAACCAGAUACAUUUAGGGUCCGGGGAGAAAACUAUCUUAGGGAUAAGAAGAAAGAAUUUGCUCCAAAUUAUGCAGCAUACUAUCCAUUUGGCGUCGAUGUUUACUUGUGUCCACGAAAAGUUGAUCACAUAAGUCGUUUCUUGGCCCUUCCUAGUGCAGACUCAUCUAGCAAGUUUCCAUCUAUUCUUGUAGUAAAUAUUCAGGUUCCAUUUUAUCAUGCUACUAUAUUUCAGAAUGAAACUGAUGGUGAAGGCAUGAGCAUUGUUUUGUAUUUUAGACUAUCUGAAAGUUAUUCGAAGGAGCUCCCAGCAAACUUCCAGGAAAAUAUUAGAAAAUUAAUUGAUGAUGAAGUUGAAAGAGUUAAAGGAUUCCCUAUGGAUACAAUUGCACCAUUCCGAGAAAGAUUAAAAAUUCUUGGCCGUAUAGCAAAUUUGGAGGAUCUUCCAUUAAGUGCAGCAGAGAGGAAACUCAUGCAUGCAUAUAAUGAAAAGCCUGUGCUUUCUCGUCCUCAACAUGAAUUUUACUUGGGGGAAAACUAUUUCGAGAUCGAUUUGGAUAUGCACAGAUUCAGUUACAUCUCUAGGAAAGGAUUUGAAACAUUCCUAGAUAGGCUGAAGCUCUGUAUUCUGGAUGUUGGCCUAACAAUCCAAGGAAACAAACCUGAAGAAUUGCCUGAGCAGAUCUUAUGUUGUGUACGACUGAAUGGAAUUGACCACACUAGAUACCAGCAACUAGCUGUGCAUUCUAUAAAUCAUGAGCCUAGUAUCCUCUGAAUUUGGGUUCCUGAUGAUUUCAAGGUGACGCUGGCUUAUACAAGCACAGAGAAAGAAAAUUUUCUGAGAAUAUUCCUCUGUUCUUGAUACAUCCAAUGUUCAGUCCCAGGAGGAGAUAUUGCACUCGUGAAUUUAAUAGUAUUCAGUCAGCAUCAAAUACAAAAGCAAUGAGAAAUUUACGGACGCAUUGGCUCUUGAAGCAAUUGCUUGCCAUGAGAAUGAGGCUCUACAUCUUAUACCACAACUUCGAUUAACGCACCAAUUUACACUCGUAUAUGCGGGGAAAAAAGGGUUUCCUUGAUUGUGUGAUUCUUCAAUAUGAUGCCAUAAAUACCCGUUUUGUACAUGAAUAUGUAACUGUUUAUUUAAAUGUUUCUCCAAAUUAUUCAAUCAAAUUUUUAGUUUUUUA